AUGCAUAUAUUAAAAAAUCAUGAAAACCGUGAUCGUGAAAGUAUAAUAUCUUCGAUCUUAUUCAUAUUGUGCUUCAAAUUUUUUGUUUUAAUCGGCCAAUAAGAAAUCGUAUAAUACAAUCAUCAAUCAGUAAGACUUUUAAAUGGCUUCGAGAUCAGAGGAUUUAUACCCCGAAAUUACGGAAUCCGGAGGAAGAGAGAGAAACACAGGGAAAAGUGAGGGAUUUGGAAGAUUAUUGAUAAAGUUUCUAGCCAUUUACUGGCAAUCCUUUGUUGUGAUCUUAUGGCCAUUAAUCCUGAUUCCGAUAUUGAUUCUCGAAAGUGAAAAACCUCUCGCAAUGAAAUGUUUAUACAUCAUCGCAUUAAUGGCGAUGUUCUGGGUGACUGAGGUCCUGCCAUUGCCCAUUACGGGUAUGAUCCCAGUGGUCUUAUAUCCGCUGAUGGGUAUCAUGUCCACCAAUGAGACUUGUUUAUGUUACAUGAAUGAUACCACAAUGAUGUUUAUGGGCAGUUUGGUAAUCGCAGUAGUUAUUGAAAACUCCGGUUUGCACAUGCGAAUGGCACUACUCAUUAUCAGAAUUAUUGGUUGCAGUCAUCGAAGAUUAACACUAGGUUUAUUCUUCGUGACAAUGUUCAUUUCAAUGUGGAUUUCGAACACUGCCGCUACAGCCAUGAUGAUACCGAUAAUGGAAACUGUUCUUAUAGAGCUCGAAUCGCAAGGACUUGGAAACAUGUUCGUACAAAAAGAGAGAGUGGCCGACGAGGAGGGCAGAGAAAUCAAGAGGCCAACGCAUAGUACCAUGGUAUAUUAUCUCGUCGCAGCUUACGCAUCUACUCUCGGUGGUAUCGGCACUAUUGUGGGAAGUGGUACCAAUUUAACAUUGAAGGGAUUUUUAGAAAAACGUUUUCCCAAUAGUCCCAGCAUAAAUUUCGCCUCUUGGAUGUUAUAUUCGGUGCCACCCAUGCUGUUAAUGGGUUUGCUCACAUGGUUGUGGCUGCAGGUAAUGUAUAUGGGUCUUUUUAGACCGAAAAGCAAAGAUGCUCGUGCGAUAGAUAUUGGACAACAGGGCGAGCGUAUCGCAACGUCAGUUAUUGAAAAGAGAUAUAAAGAACUUGGACCGAUCUCGUGGCAUGAGUUCUCCGUAGGUGUCUUAUUUAUUUUUGUGGUGCUCUUGUGGUUCUUCAGAAGCCCUGGUUUUAUGCCGGGCUGGGCUGCUUAUGUCACAAACUCGUCUGUUAAGGAUUCGACAGCAGCCGCGUGUGUAACGAUACUGUUUUUUAUUAUUCCGUCGAAAUUGGACUUUCUAUAUGCAUUUAGUAAAGAUCCACGUAAACGACCCACAAAAUCAUCGCUUAGUUUAAUAACAUGGAAAAUGGUAAACGAGAAAAUGCAUUGGAGUCUAAUAUUCGUGUUAGGUGGUGGAUUUGCUAUUUCAGCAGGUAGCACUUCAUCGGGUCUGUCAGAAAUGCUCGGCCACUAUCUGAUAGGUUUGCAAAAGAUUAACGUGGUAGCAAUAUUGCUGAUUAUCUGCUUCUUUGCUGAGAACGUGACUGAAUUAACGGCUAACGUUGCCGUGGCGAAUAUUAUAUUGCCAGUAUUAGCAGAGAUGUGUGUGGCUAUUAAAAUACAUCCUUUGUAUUUAAUGCUGCCAGCAACUCUCUGCUGCUCCUUUUCGUUCCAUCUACCAGUAGGUACUCCACCAAAUGCAAUUGCUAGUGCCGCAGGGCACAUAAAGACAAAAGAUUUUAUGAUUGCUGGUAUCGGUCCUAGCAUCAUCACACUCGUUAUCACUGUAAUAGCAUUCUCCACUUGGGGUGAAUACGUAUUUAAACUUUCGGAUUUUUCCGAAUGGGCCACGUAGCAGUACUUAAAUGACAUGAACAUUCUUUUAUUCGGACGCUUCUUCAAGAUCUAUUGGAAGAUUAUUUUUGCUCUUCUAUGGGCGCUCUUUCUUUUACCGUUUCCCAUGAUUUACGAUUACUUGGAAGUUAGAUGUGCAUACGUAGUAUUACUGAUGGGUGGUUACUGGGUUACUGAUUGCUUUCCUAUGGCAGUAACAUCACUCAUUCCGGUUGUAAUGUUCCCAGCUUUGGGCAUACUCAGUACGGCGAAUACAUGCGCCUGUUACAUGAAUGAUACAAUAAUGGUUUUCAUCGGUGGUUUAAUACUUGCUAUCGCCAUAGAGCACAGCAAUCUCCAUCUUAGGAUUGCUCUCGGAGUCAUGAAAACGGUUGGUUGCAGCCAUGCAAAAUUGCUUGGUGGUUUAUGUGUGGUCACAACUUUUAUAUCCAUGUGGGUGUCAAACACUGCAGCCACAGCUAUGAUGGUGCCCAUAAUAUUUGCUGUUUUACGAGAGUUAGAACAAGUAUUAAAUAACUUCUGUUUAAUAUCUAAUAGUAGCAUUGAGAUAAGACCAACGAAAAUAACGAAAGCAUAUUUGUUAGCGGCUGCUUACUGUUCGACGUUUGGCGGCACAGGAACAUUGGUGGGAACUGGCACAAAUUUGACUUUCAAAGGGAUCUAUGAAAGUAUAUUUCCAGAGGCUGAAGGAAUUAGUUUUACAGAUUGGAUGAUAGCGUCUUUUCCUCAGAUGUGUGUAAAUUCCUUUCUAACCUGGUUGUAUGUACGAAUUGCUUAUAUGGGAUAUUUAAGACCACACAGUAAGGAUGCUCAAGUAGCGUCAAUCGGAAGAGAAGGUGAAGUUGUCACAAAUCAAGUUAUACAAGAGAGAUACAAGAAUUUGGGUACCAUAACUUUUCAUGAAAUUGGAGUAGCCACUUUAUUCUUCACAUGCGUAUUUCUUUGGAUAUUUCGCAAGCCUGGUUUUAUUCGUGGAUGGUCGGAAGUGAUUACUGAUAUAGAUGUCAGAGAUUCAGUGCCUGUAAUAUUCGUUUCUAUCCUGAUGUUCUUCAUUCCAAAGGAUCCUAGCUUCAUCUAUAGUUAUAGUCAAGAUCCCGCUAAAAGACCAAAGAGAUCUUCAGAAGGUUUGAUUACAUGGAAGGUAAUCGAGACUAAAAUGCCAUGGAGUCUAAUGUUUCUAUUGGGUGGUGGUUUCGCAAUUUCGAGGGGAAGUGUAGCAUCUGGUAUGGCAAAACGAGUUGGUGAAGCUCUAGUACCUCUUCGUUAUUUACCACCCAUUGUAAUACUUGCUGUUGUAUGCCUCUUCGAAGGUCUUAUAACGGAGUUUACCUCAAAUGUGGGUGUAGCAAAUAUCACUCUACCAGUGAUAGCGCAGAUGUGUGUGGCAAUGGAAAUACAUCCUAUGUACUUAAUGAUACCAGCCACCCUGAUGUGUUCGUUUUCAUUUCGCUUACCGGUUGGCACACCACCAAAUGCAAUUAUAACAAUCGCAGGACACAUUCCUACAAGUUGGUUGAUUGCUGGAGGCUGUGCACCCGCGAUUUACAGUUUGAUAGUAGAAGUUAUUUUCUUUCCUACAUGGGGAGUUUUCGUUUAUGGAAUUAAAGAUUUUCCUGCUUGGGCGAGAUAUGUCCAAGUGGAAAACAACACAAAUGUACUUCAUUAA